AUGAGAUCUGAUGUCAGUCCCACAAAAAGCAACCAUUCACCAUCUGCAGCACGUAAAGCAAACAAUGAGAAAGAAGGUGAAAUUACAAAGCUUCAGAAGGAAAUCGAAAGAUUGAAGACAGAACUUGAAACUGAGAGGAAGACUGUAAAAGACAAGUCCCAUUUAUUGGAUGACAAAGAGAAACAAAUUAAAGGCCUAAAAAAGGUUAUCGGUGAGAAAGAUGGUAAAUUGAAAGUGGCAGAAGAGGAUGCAGAACAUCUAUCAAAAAGAGUGAAUGAGGAGAAUAUGAAAAGAACAGAUGUUGAAAGACAUUUAAACGAGAAGGAGGAAUUAGUUAUGAUGCAUGAGAGACGAGCACAUGAUAAUUAUGUUGAGAAUCAGCAGCUAAAAGCUAGAGUUAAAGAAUUAGAGAGUGCACAUAAGACCCUUGCAAAGGAAAAGAAUCAGGUUGAACACAAUGCAAAGAAAAGUAUAGAACACUUGGAAGGUUAUUUUAAAGACGAGAAAAGGAAAUAUGAUGACGAGUACAAAAAACUUUUAGCAGAACGAGAUGAUUUAAGAGACCGGUUUAGUAAGCUAGCUGGUAAGAAAUUACAGGAGCAGAAUGCUGAUAUAGCAGACCUCAGUGAUCCAAACAGAGCAAUGAAGCUGUCAGAGAAGUUUGGUCAGUUAUAUGAUGAUGAAUGGACUAAUGCCUUUGAAAGUUUGACCGAUAAGAAGUCAGGCUUACCAUUAAAAGAUGCCAUAAAUGUUCUACUACGCCUUCUUCAAGAAUGUUGGACGUUUUGCAAUAAACUGAUGGCAACACAAAUGGAAAGUUUACAUAGUGUAUUUCUACAUCCUGCUCAGAACUUGGCUAAUUUUGACCAAAAGAAAACUGGACUGACUGACAGACCUAGAAUUACAUCAAAGGACCAGCCAUCACUUAACGAUCUACGUAAAAGGGUUGGAGUAUCACCAUCUGUCAUAGAGGAGGUUAAACAGGCAUUGCUUGCAGACUCUAAAACAUGGGAUAAAAGGGAGAAAAAGGAAUUUGAUAAAAAGCAUAUAGAAGCGUGUACACCUUAUAUACAGAAAUGUGCUGAGAUUUGCUGGCUUAUGGCUCUGCAUGACCCUCCUUUGUUGAUGAAAAUGGAUGUCAAACAAGGCGAGAAGUUUGAUACAAAUAUCUAUACAGUGUACAGCCAGUCUGGACAAUCAAUUGAUUUUUUGGUAUGGCCACCACUUUAUAAUGGUAAAGAUGGUGGACUUCUGUCUAAAGGUGUAGCCGAACCAAUAAGAGUUGUAAGCAAGAAGAAAUGAAUAACUUUUGACUUGUAUUUAGCUGAUGUAGUUUAUGUAUUUUCUGAAAGAUAAGGGAUAGAAUAUAUAUCUAAUUGAUAUCCUUAUACAUUUUUUUUUCUUUGUAGUUUUGCAGAACUUUCUAAAAUUUUGGUUGCACAUUUUGUUUAAAAUCAGGACCAUAAUACAAGUAUAUAAAUAAUUAUACCCCACCACAUAUUUUGGAAACAAUUCAUCAUGCAAGUUUGUCGGUCAGUCAGUCCAUGGGUCCAUUGUUACCACUUUAUAAAUCCAUUACCCUUUUAAACUAGGCUCAAGUUCUCACCUCAUCUUGAACAAUUUUUGCAAUACCAACAAUACCAAUGUGACUGCUGUGUUUGUUCAAGGCCAGUGUCACCCUUAAAUGUCAUCGGUAAAAAAAUCAGACAUUUUAGUGUCUGCUCUAUAAAUCAUGUACCCUUGAAGGAUUUUCUUUAAACUUAGCUCAAGCUCAAGGUCUUAUUGAAGGUCAAAGGUCAGACAAUUUCUGUCCACUUUAUAAACCAGUUGAAGGAUUUUUACUUCAAAUUUAUCUAAAAUGUUAUACUCCACUAGGCAAUGUGCAGAACCUAUGAUACUGCUGUGCAUAUCCAAGGUCAUAUUUACCAUUGAAGGUCGAAAGUUUUACAUUUUGUGUCUGCACUAAAGAUUCUAUCCCUUUCAAAUAAUUUUUUCCAGUCUCAGCUGAAAUGUUUUCUUUUUAUAAUAAUGAUAAAUUCACUGCAUAAUAUCUUCUGUCUUAGAAGUAAGGUGGGGGUAUUUUUCAGUCCUGUGGCAGCUUAGUAAGUAGAUGUCACAUGAAUUGUAUAUUGCUGUAUAUAAUAUAUAUACGAGAGAUGUCCGGAAAGUCAAUAUACUUCUUGAUUUUUUAUUCUAUAACAAUACAUACCUUGUUCAACUUUUGUCAGCAAAAGUAUACAUAUCUAGUGAACAUUAUUGAGCUGUGACUUAAGUUUGUAUUCUAACAGUAGUUACAUACAACAUAUAUACAUCGUCAUGGAGCACUUUGACAACGUCAACGGCGUCAAAUGAAAGUCACGUUUGCCCACUAUUCAAUUUCUUCCGAUUACAACUGCCAUGGUACAUGUCUGGCGUAUACUUAACACAUGUUAUAUUCCUUUGCUAUUACUUUAUGAAUUUCAUAUACUACAAUUUAUUUAAAAACAAAGUUGUCACUGGUUCCCUGGGGCGUCCGUGGCCGAGUGGUUAAGGUCAUUGACUUCAAACCACUUGACCCUCACCACUGUGGGUUUGGAUCCUGACAGGGA